CAUUAUUCUGCAUGUGCGGAAGGGGUCCUUGUCUCCUCCUGGAAGCACCUGACCCCCACCAACCUUUUUACUUUAUUACCCAACUUCAGAUUUUCUUCCUCUGCUAUCUCCUCACCUUUCCUCCUGUUCCACUUACAUACUCACCUGUUUCUCUUUCUGGCCCAGUCUCCCCUGCCAUUUCUUCCUUACCCAUUUUUCUUACCUUUUCCUGCCUUCAGUUCCCCCUUCCCCCUUUUUUUGCUUCAGUCUCUCCUACUGUAUACUUCUUCUUUCUCCUCUUUUUUACUUUUUAAAGUCUGACUCUCCCCACUCCCCAAUACCGAUGCUAACUAUGGCUUGCAAUCCUUGGGGGUUGCCCAGCAACCACUAAAAUGGCUGUAAACCUUUCACAACAUAGUCUCCUGAGAUCUUGUGGGCAUACUUUUCUUAAAGAAGCAGCUGUAGGCUCUAUGAUUCUGGUUUUUUUUAAAAAAUAUCAAUGUAUCUUUUUAUAUUUCAUUUUACUUUUUUUUGGCAAAUCUGGGUUCCCCCUGCUUAUAGAAAAAUGUCUUUCCCUGGCCCCCUUGUGGGGAUUUUUUUGAUCCACUCUCCUUGACCCCAUUUUCAGAAUUACAUAUAAUGCCAAAAGUCUUCAUUGGUACAUAUGUUAUGAGGACUCUUGAAUUCUUUGACAUAGCCCCCUGAGUAUGAUUAAUAUGACCAUAACAUUAUUGAGUUUACCAAUUGUAAUCAUUAUGGAUUUUUGUCAUUUACGUUAAAAUUAGGUCAUCCGUUAAAGACAUAACAUUUAUAAAAUGAGAAUGAAAAGAUUAACGUUUAUAAUGGAAAAUGUUUAAGGAAUUUCUCUUCUCUACAAAAAAAAAAUUAGCGGAACAAAAUAUGAAAAUGCCUGUUCCGGAAUCCAGGAACAAUGAAAAUGAAGAGAUGGUAGAAAGCGAUGAAGAAAAGGUAUUUCUUAAGCCGGUUGUUGAAGACAGAAACAUGGCGUUGGCAAGAAAGUGCACUGAAAUGAUAAGUGAUGUCCGCUAUAAAGAAGAAUAUGAAAAAUCUAAAGGCAAAUACUUAUUUGUUUUGGACACUCCCCAGCUCACACAUGUGAAAAACCUCUCUGCCUUUAUUUCUGAGGCAAAAUACAAAGGAACUGCAAAGAAAGAGCUUUCCAACUCAUUGUACAAGCAGAUGCCGGCUACAAUUGACAGCGUGUUUGCCAAAGAAGUUUCAAAGCUUCAGAGCAAGGUUGUCUACAAGCAGAAACAUGAUGCUGAAAAGGGAACAUCAAACUAUGCACAUAUGAAGGAGCCUCCAGAUGUUAAGCAUGCUAUGGAAGUUAAUAAACAUCAAAGUAAUGUUUCAUAUAAGAAAGAUGUGCUUGAUACUCACAGAUACACAGAAGUGCUGGAUAGACCAGAUGUAAUGAUGGCCACCCUGCUAACAAAGAUAAUAAGCAAUGUGGAAUAUGCAAAAGGAAGCCGAGGAAUGAAUAAAGAACCAUAUGUCCUUGGAAGACCAGACAUCAACCAUGCUAAAGAAGUUUCCAAAUUUUUAAGCCAAGCUAAAUACAAAGAGCAAUUUAUAAAGGAUAUGAAGAACCACUGUUUCAAUCCUCUUGAAAGUGCCUCUUUCAAGCAAGCACAAAUUGCAUCUGCUUUAGCAAGUAAUGUGAAAUACAAAGACCUGGAAAGCCUCCACGAGCCAACAUCUGCACUUCCAAACCUGUUGCAUUUAGAACAUGCUUUGAAGGCUAGCAAAAUCCAUAGCAAUUAUGAAUAUAAGAAACUGUUUGAGAAAAGUAAGGGGUUGUAUCAUUUUGCACCAGAUACAGUUGAUCAGCUGCUCCACAAAGAAAAUGCAGUUCUACAAAGUCAGGUUAAGUACAAAGAGAAAUAUGAAAAAUCUAAAGGCAAGUCAAUGCUAGAGUUCUCAGAAACACCAAUGUACCAAGUUUCAAAGCAAGCUCAAAAGUUUCAAAGCGAGAAAAUGUAUCGAAAAGAUUUUGAAGAUAAAGUCAGAGGAAAACCAUCAUUGGAUUUAGACAAGACUCCGGAAUUUUUGCAUGUGAAAAAUGUUACCAAACUGUUGAAAGAGAAAGAGUAUAGAAAAGAUUUGGAAGAAGGGAUAAAAGGAAAAGGGCUGACAGUGUUUGAAGAUACGCCAGAUUUGAUUAGAGUGAAAAAUGCAGCUCAGAUACUAAAUGAGAAGGAAUACAGAAAAGAUUUGGAAAAUGAAAUAAAAGGGAAAGGAGUUAAGCUCAUUUCAGAAACUCCUGACAUUCAAAGAGCAAAGAGACUGUCUGAAAUUGUUAGUGAGAAAGAAUACAAAAAAGAUCUAGAGGCUGAAAUUAAAGGGAAAGGUAUGCAAGUUGGUACAGAUACACCUGAAAUGCAGAGAGCGAAGAAAGCAUCUGAAAUUGCAAGCCAGAAAGAAUAUAAGAAACUUCUAGAAAUGGAACUUAAAGGAAAAGGGAUGCAGGUGGGCAUGGAUACACCUGAUAUCCAACGAGCUAAGAAAGCUGGUGAAAUUGCAAGUCAGAAAGAAUAUAUGAAAGACCUAGAGACUGAAAUCAAAGGGAAAGGAAUGCGAGUGGGCACAGAUAUCCCUGAGAUACAGCGAGCAAAAAGAGCUUCUGAAAUAGCCAGCCAAAAGAAGUAUAAAGAUGAAGCAGAGAAGAUGCUUUGGACCUAUACUGCUGUACCAGAUACACCUGAAACUGAAAGGAUUAAAAGUGCUCAGAGAAAUAUUAGCACUGUGAUGUAUAAAAAGGGACUAGGUGCUGGGACAGCAGUAAAAGAGACUCUUGAGACUGAACGAGUAAAGAAAAAUCAGAAAAAUAUCAGUACAGUUUAUUAUAAAGGGCAGCUUGGCAAAGCUACUUCUCUGAGCGUCACCCCUGAAAUUGAGAGAGUCAAGAAGAAUCAAGAGAUUAUCAGUUCGGUUAAGUACAGCAGCGAUCAGCAAAAGAUGAGAGGUAGACCUAGUGUGAUUCUAGACACACCUGAGUUAAGGCAUGUCAAAGAGACACAAAACAACAUCUCAAUGAUCAAGUACCAUGAAGAUUUUGAGAAGACAAAAGGCAGAGGUUUUACAUCAGUAGUUGAUGAUCCUGUGACCGAACGGGUGAGAAGAAAUACCCAGGUGGUUAGUGAUGCUGCAUAUAAAGGGGUUCACCCACAUAUAGUUGAAAUGGACAGAAGACCUGGAAUCAUUGUGGCACCUGUGCUUCCUGGGGCCUAUCAACAGAGUCAGCCCCAAGGAUAUGGUUACAUGCACCAGACUAGUGUGUCAUCUAUGAGGUCAAUGCAUUCACAGCCACAUUCAGCUAGCUUGAGAACAUACAGAGCUAUGUACGACUACAGUGCCCAAGAUGAAGAUGAAGUUUCUUUCAGGGAUGGUGACUACAUCAUCAAUGUCCAACCAAUUGAUGAUGGCUGGAUGUAUGGUACUGUUCAGAGAACUGGAAAAACUGGAAUGCUUCCGGCAAAUUACAUUGAGUUUGUUAAUUAAUGCCAUUAGUCCUUCUGAGCUUUUAUUCUGAUUUACCUACUCUUUCCAAAAGUACUUUUAAGAUGACAUCUUCAUUACUUCCCUGUUAAUGUAACUGUGUGCUCAUUUGCUGAAAUCAACAGUUCCUCUAAGAAACCGAAGAAGCACUGAGCUCCGAAAAGUAUACUGCUUAAAUUUAUCUAUAAAAACAGACUGUCAGUGGAAACUGGGUGCUUCUAAUCACGUAAAGGUUUCCAUCAAUUAGCUCCCCAACAUAAUUCUGCCUUUAAUGUGGCCGUAGUUGGCUUUUAAGUUAUAAACCAUAAGCAGCUGUUACCUUUCAUUUGCGUGACUUUGAAAUUGUAAGAGACUAUAGUUUUGCUGUUUAAGGUUCAAGCCAUUAAAAGCCCAAGUGAAUUGAA